AUGGAAGUCGAAACGCUGUGUCUCAUCUACGAGAAAACCACCGUACCUGUCCCCAAGGUUCGGGCCUGGGGACUUGCUGCUAAUAAUCCGCUCAUUCUCGGUCCUUUCAUCGUCAUGGACUUCAUUGAAGGCGUCAGCCUUAGCGAUGUUCUGAAAGAUUCUGGUAGAUUGUCCUCGAGACUUAUCAGGCCGGAUAUUAGCGAUCACAAAAUGGCAGCCAUCUACGCACAGUUUGCAAAGAUACAGCUUGAAUUAUUCCAGCUUGAUUUCGACAAAAUUGGCAACGUACCAUCAGCGAAGACAAGGUAUACUGCUUACGAUCACCCUUUAACAUACAAGGGACAUGAUAUCAUGCAGACAGGAGGCGUGAAUUGUUUUAGUGAUAGGAACAUUCCCAUCCUUGCGACACAAGCGUAUUUUGAACAUAUCGUCAGCCAAGACUGGAAACAACUUCGACAACAACGCAACUCAGUAUUUGGCCCGAACGACGCCAGAGCCAAAUAUGCAUGCCUAAGUGUACUGGCCGCCAAUUUACCUUAUUUCAUCAACACUGAGUUUGACAGAGGACCAUUCAAGCUCAUUUGCGAUGAUCUUGGUCUGUCGAACCUCAUCGUCCGAGGAGAAGAUGAUGUCACUAUUGUUGGCGUGGUAGAUCUUGAGUGGUCAUACGUCGGCACAGCUCAGCUAUUUGCCACUCCCUGGUGGCUUCUUCAAGCUCGAUUGAAUCUAUGGUCGGCCGAAUAUGACGAGGAAUCUCCCAAAAUUGCCGACAGAUUUCUUCAGUACUUGCGCAUAUUCACGCAGGUACUAGAGGAUGAGGAAAAGAAAAUGCCAUCUUGCCGCCAAAGACUGUCAGAUCUUUUGAAAUGGUCUCAAAGUUCAGGUGCAAUAUGGCUUCAUAUGGUUCUUUCCUGUGGGUUCAAUUUUGAUGACAGCAUCCCAUUCACUCGUCUACGAGAACACAUUGGCCGCGAUAAAUGGGAGCAGCAGGAAAAGGCAUUCUCCGACUCAAACGAUAUCGAAGCAUUUGUUGCUCAAAAAGUCCUCCAACUAAAGCAGUACAAUAAGGAUUAUGAACAUCUGCAACAGAAACGUACCAAAGUCAGCCAUAGUGGACCAUGA